AGCAUUGCGCAGUUAAGGUUAGAUGUUUCCCAGUGAGGGGUCAGCAUUGCCCAGUUAUUCUUAGACAUUGCACAGUGAGGGGUCAGCAUUGCCCAGUUAAUGUUAGACAUUGCCCAGUGAGGGGUCAGCAUUGCCCAGUUAAUGUUGGACAUUGCCCAGUGAGGCGUCAGCAUUGCUCAAGGUUAAUUGUUACUUUGCUUUCAAACGCCGUCCAACUGGAUAAAUGUGAAAUGUUCAAAUCUGUUUGAAAGACUGAAUGUAUGCCUACUUUUUUUCUCUUGGGGAUUUUGUUUUCCUCCCAGCUUUAUCUUUGGAGAUUAAUGAUUGUUUCUUGGAGAGCCCCUGAGUUUUGGAAGCUCCUCCCGUCCUGACUCUCCCUCUUCCCCUCCCCCGACAACAAGGUGCUCAUUGCUGGAGCAGCGAUCGGACCAUGUCCCGCUGCCUUCGCCGCCUCUUGAAGCCCCUGGGCGGCCGGGGCUUCUGUGGCAGCGGCGGCUGGGCCGUGAACACGCUUCCCCGGGCCCGGAGCCGGGGUCUCGGGCUAGGCCUCGGGCUCUCUCUCGGCCUGGGGCUGGGCCUCGGGGCUCGGCUCUGGGGGCCGCAGUCCGAGUGUCAGUCGGUGGAGGACGGAGAGGAUGCGGGAGGAGCCCUGGCCGCGGCCAAACAGCGAGGGCGAGACCUGCUUCAGAGAGUGAAGGAUGAAGUGGGAGCCCCUGGAAUUGUCAUUGGUGUUUCUGUGGAUGGGAAAGAAGUUUGGUCGGAAGGCCUGGGAUAUGCCGAUGUGGAAAACCGGGUGUUGUGUAAUCCAGAAACAGUCAUGCGGAUUGCUAGUAUCAGCAAAUCCCUUACCACGACUGCUGUUGCCAAGCUCUGGGAAGCGGGAAAGCUGGAUUUCGAUGCCCCAGUCCAGAAAUAUGUUCCAGAAUUUCCAGAAAAGGAAUAUGAAAGAGAGAAAGUGACGAUAACCACCAGAAUGAUACUGUCUCAUCUGAGUGGCAUUCGGCACUAUGAGAAGGAUGUUAAGAAGGUACAAAAGCAAAAAGAAAAAGACAAGAGGCUUGUUAAAGAGGAGUUGAAGUCCAAGGCUUCUGAUCAAGGCACUAAAGAAAAAAACAACACAGAGAAACAGCAGGAGACUUCAAAACUAGGAAAGGAGAGUGACCACACGCUACAGGACAAACAGCCAAAAUCAAAGAGUGAUGAUGCUGAAAACUCAGGGAAAAACAACAAAACCAUCCAAAUGAAGAAAGAUUCCGAGUACGAUGAAUUCUAUAUCAAGGAGAAGUUUGAGAAUGUUUUUAAAUCACUGGAGCUCUUCGAGAAUGAUCCCUUGAUGUUCAAACCAGGAAGUCAGUUCUUGUACUCGACCCAUGCCUGGACCCUCCUCAGCGCUGUGGUGGAAAGGGCUGCAGAGCAGAAUUUCUUGCAACUCAUGAAGAAGCUGUUUCUGGAUCUUGACAUGCCUCAAACAGUGCCGGAUGAGCACGAGCCAAUCAUAUACAACCGAGCAAGGCACUAUGUUUACAAUAAGAAGGGGUGUCUGGUGAACUGCCCGUACGUGGACUGCUCCUACAAGUGGGCAGGAGGUGGAUUCCUCUCCACAGUGCGUGACCUGCUGAGGUUUGGCAAUGCCAUGCUGUACAGCUACCAGGUGGAGGCGCUGGAGGACAGAACGCAGAGCCACCUCCCAGGCUACCUCAGGCCGGCUACACUGGGCAUGAUAUGGAGCCCAGUGAAGAACACAGAGUUGAGCUGGGAUCGGGAGGGCAGUUAUGCCAUGGGCUGGGGGGUUGUGGGGCAGAGCCAGGAAUAUGGGCAGUGCCGGUGCCGACGAUACUACCUCAGCCACACGGGUGGGGCGGUAGGGGCUAGCAGUGUCCUACUGCUCCUCCCUCGGCGUAGGCCGACAGGGGCUUCUGAGGCAGGGGCCCCUCCCCAUGGGGUGGUGGUCUCCAUUCUCUGCAACCUCCAGUCCGUCAACCUCAACUCCACCGCUCUGAAAAUCGCCUUUGAGUUCGACAAGGUCCAAGUGGUCAAGACUCCCUCUGUGACCUCUGACUCCAGCACCCAAGCCCAGCUGGCUGACCAAGCACUGAAACACACCUCCACCUCCAGCUGAAUGGAGAAGGACAAUAAUGCUUGCAAAAUGUUCAUACAGGACCUCCAUUUCAAAUCAGCAGGAUAUGUCCUGUGCCAUGUUUGCUAGUAUUAUUGCUUCCUCUGGGGUCUACCUCCAGGGCUAGGAGGGAGACUCAGGUCUGUACUGAUUUCUCAGUUGCCAACUCUAAUUGGACUCUGACUGGGAGGCUUAACCACGCACCCUGUCACACCAAACAGGUUUUUAUAACCCUGAAUGACCAGUCUUUUUAUAGUUCAGUCAAUCUGCAAAUCCUUUCCUUCUGAAGAUUUUUAUCUAUGGCGAUAGGGUAGGCUAUUUAGAGACAUAAUGUCAUACAGCAUGGAAACAGACCUUUCGGUCCAACUCAUCCAUGCUGACCAGAAUGAGAUGAAAUCUCUUCACCCAGAGAGUGGUGAGCCUGUGGAAUUCUCUGCUUCAGAAAGCGUUUGAGGUCAAAACAUUGAAUGUUUUCAAGAAGGAGUUAGAUAUAGUUCUUAGCGAUCAAAGGGUAUGGAGGAGAAAGUGGGAACAGGGGACUGAGUUGGAUGAUUAGCCAUGAUCAUAUUGAAUGGUGGAGUAGGUUUGAGGGGCUGAAUGGCCUACUCCUGCUCCUAUUUUCUCGGUUUCUGUGUUUCUUUCUCCCCCGUUUCACACAAUAAUGUCUGGGAAAUUGAUCCUUUGUGUUCUGGUCACUGGUAGGGGCAUGUUAUCACUGAUUUGGAACUGUUCUUGCAAGCAGAGAGUGGAUGCUGGGAGUUUUUUUUCAACUAUGCAUCUGCCUCCAUCCAGUUGAAGAAUUUUAUAAAACAAUUUUUAAAAAUUUUCCCCAAAUAUUAUGCAAAAAGAUGUCUUUUUAAUUCCGUAUGGCAGUUUUGUAAAAGAUGACCUUGCAAAUUGUAUUUUAUACACAAAGAGAAGUGGAAAACCAGAAUGAGCUGCCAGAACCAACUGGUUAAGUCCAGAUUCUGCUUUUUAAUGCUGGGAUUUCCCAGUGGGAAUUCUGUUCCGUUUUUUUUUUCAGCGAAAAUGUUUGCUUUCACAAUUCAUUAAAGCUUCUAACUUCCCGGCAUUGAGUGUUGUUUGCUGGAAAGUGUAUUGCAUGUCACUAUAGUGCAGAGUUAAUGUCACUGAACAAUUAAUCCAGACGAAAUGUUCCGAGACAUCAGUUCAAACCCCACUGCCACGGUUAAAUUUAAUCAAUUCAUGAUUGGAAUUAAAAGCUGGCCCCAGUAAUGGUGACCGUGACUGCCAAUGCUUGUCAUAAAAGCCCACCUCAUUCACCAGUGCUCUUCAGGAAAGGAAAUCUGCCCUUGUAUGGCCUCCUAGUGACCCAACAGCGCUCUGAAGGAACAUCACAAGCGACUCUGUUCAGAGGGGAGGGCUCACAAAUGUUGGCUUUGCCAGUGACGCCAAAGAAAGCAUAAAACCAGAUACUUGUACAAUAGCUGGUGUCUCACUCUGACUUGGCUCCUUAGUCUUGCCUUGGUAUCCACUGAGCUACCAAUCAUGUCAUGCCCUCAAUUACCAAGGCAUCCCCUUGGUUACCACGUUGUGCCCCUCAUUUGUUGUCAUAUCCCCAUAGUUACUAUGGUGUCCCCUUAGUAGUCUUCAUAUUCCCUCGGUUACCAUGGUAACUGUGGUUUUCCCUUGGAUACCAUGUUGUACUCUUUGUAACUAUGUCAUACCUUUCAUUUACCGUGGUGUCCCCUCAGUUCAUAUAAGUUUUAUGCGCUCAUUCGCCAUGGUGUCUCCAUGGAUGCCUGGUCAUGUCCUUGGUUACCAUGGUGUUUCUUCCAUUACCAUGGUGUCUCCAUGGAUGCCUGGUCAUGCCCUUGGUUACCAUGGUGUUUCUUCCAUUACCAUGGUGUCUCCAUGGAUGCCUGGUCAUGCCCUUGGUUACCAUGGUGUUUCUUCCAUUACCAUGGUGUCUCCAUGGAUGCCUGGUCAUGCCCUUGGUUACCAUGGUGUUUCUUCCAUUACCAUGGUGUCUCCAUGGAUGCUAGGUCAUGCCCUUGGUUACCAUGGUGUUUCUUCCAUUACCAUGGUGUCUCCAUGGAUGCUAGGUCAUGCCCUUGGUUACCAUGGUGUCUCCUCUGUUUCUAUGGGGACCUUAGUAACUUUGCUGUCUGACUGGUCAAGUUUUGAAACCAUUGAGGAAAAGUCCUUUUUGGUGAAUUUACUGAGUGGGGGGUUUGAUGGUUACACUUUAAAAUGUCCUUCCUCUUCAAACAGUGACAAGAGAGAAACUAUAUUUUCUGGCGGGAGAAUCAAGAACAUAGAGCCAUAAUCUUAAAAUGAGAGCUGGAUCCUUCAAAGGUGAAAUCAGAGAAUACAUCUUCAUGGGCCAGAGAGGGAAACUCUAGAAUUCUCCAUCCUAAGUGAUGUUUUUAUUGGAAGAUGUUUGGAGCUUUUCAAGGCUGAGGACAAUAUUUUUGAUUGAGCAGGACAUUGAGGUUUAGGCAUCAAAGUGGAUAAAUAAAGUUCAGACACAAUCACUGAAUUGUCAUGCAGAAGGAGGCCAUUCAGCCCACUGUGCCUGCACUGGUUCUAUCACCAAGUGCCAAUUUCGUGGCUUUCCCCCAUAUCCAUGCAUACCAUUUCUAUCCAAAUGAUCUUCCAAUGCCCUCUUGACUGCUUCAGUUGACUCUAUCUCCACCACAUUUCCAGGCAGUGCAUUCCACAAUUUGCCAUUGAAUGGUUGACAGGUCUGAGAGGCUGAACAGUCUUGUCCUAUCCCAAUGACUCCAGGAAUUCCCAAAUAUCUAGGCGUCCUAAUUGAGGACUCAGCCAUCAACUGAGCAACAAACCUGCCCAGGUUUUAACAGUCGCAACACCAAACAGGGCAAGCCCAGUACAUAAGAAAUGAGAAAUUGCUGGAGAAACUUGGCGGAUCUGGCAACGUCUGUGGCGAGAAAGCAGAGUUAACAUUUCAGGUCCAGUGACCCUUCCUCAGAAUUGGGACAUCACAAACCAGUUCUGAAGGAGGGUCACCGGACCUAGUGAUGGAAUACCAGCCUCUGCGUAGUUAUCUCAUACCACCCCCCCCCCUCCCCCAACUCCUGCUCAAUCUCCAGUUACUCUCCCUGUUGGGAACAUUGGAUUCAACCCAUUGGUCUCAGUGUACAUGAGUUAAUGUUAAUGUUUCGGGUCCGGUGACCCUCCUUAACAUUACUCAUGUUAACUCUGCUUUCUCUCCACCAAUGCUACAAGAUCUGCUGAGUUUCUCUGGAAAUUUCUGAUUUUGUUUCUGAUUUGCAGUUCUUUAUGGAUUUUUUCAUGAUAAAAUAGAUUGAGUGACCAGAACUUUGGAAGCUAUCUGCUGCGUUCAUUUACUCCAAGGUUUUGAAGUCAGCAUUAAAGAGAAAAGAACCUUAAUACUAAAGGACAUCAAGUUUCCCAGUCAUCAUCAGGAAACCAGCUUAUUAUGUCAUGCAUCAACAUAUAUUUAUUCCAAUAAAAUCAACUCUUCCUGCAUAAUACAGCCUUGAGUCCAAAAUCCAAACUGAGCCUGGAGUGUGGUAUUGAGGGAGUGCUGCGCUGGUCAGCAGUUCAGUCUUUCAGGUGAAGUGUUAAUCCAAAGACCCCUCUCAGGUGGGCAUCAACAUCCCAUCAUCCUGUUUUGGCCGAAAGCUCACCCGGAUAUUUAUCCCGAAUCACAAAGCAGACCAUCUGGUCAAUGUCUCACUGCAGCUAUGCACAAACUGACUGGUGCGAUUUAUGCAAAUCUGCAGUGACAACAAGUCUUGAACUGUGAAGUCCUCAUGACAUCCUGGAGAUCAUGAACGUUGCUAUACAGAUGAAAUUCUGUCUUUUUGUCUUCACUUAUCCACCUUGGUUUCUUCGUUCCUGCUUUUUGUUCUGUAGUGAUUGGAACGAGGCUAUUCAGGUAGAUCUCAGAGAAUACGAGUUCCCUGACUGGUGCUGUUAACCUGGGAUAAUCAGGGAGCCCUGGCUGACAUAAAUGGGAGUCUUAGGGGUUGUCCCCUCACUCUAGGGGCUGGCUCUCAGCUAGCUGGUCAGACUCCAUGUACCAUGCAUGUGUAAGUAAAGAGUGACCUAGUGAUGGAAUACCAGCCUCUGCGUAGUUAUCUCAUACCACCCCCCCCCCCCUCCCCCAACUCCUGCUCAAUCUCCAGUUACUCUCCCUGUUGGGAACAUUGGAUUCAAUCCAUUGGUCUCAGUGUACAACUUACCAACCCUAGAAAUGGAAUCUGAACCUUUCCCUCCUCAACUACGGCUCCAAUCUUGUCUAUAACUCCCUCACUUUGCUAUUGCCCAUUGGAUUAUCAAUGCAUGCAGGUAAGCCAGGCCUUUCAGACAACAUAAGGUAGGCUCUAACUCACCCAAAUUGCCUCUGCUGCUGACCUGGGCACAGUGAGACACUGAGGCCCCGGUUAUUAGAUACUGAA